UAUGAAGUAGGGUUGUGGCAUAUGUAAAAAGAACGUCGAUCCAUACUAGUUUGGAGGCCAAAGAAAUCUAUAGUUGAGGAUCCCUGGUUAUCUUUUAUAUCAUGAUUUCUUCCUGACUGUCAUCAUAUCGUCAUUGUUUUGUGUCUCAUAACCCCCACUUUUACAGCUGAUACGAUAAGAGAGUUAAUAGUCGUAUGUCGGGAACGGAGUGUUCAGUUGAUCAAAAAACUACGUGCGAGUGUGAUUGGAAAAAGUGAUAAUUUGCGAGAGUGCUAUACAGUGCUUUGUGUGUGACUAUAAUGCUAUAAACCUUGAUAAUUUUGCAAGUUUUAAAUAGAGUAAUAAAAGAAGUAUUAAGUGAGUUAAAUUUUCUGAGAAAAUAAGUGCAAAACUGUUAUUUUAUCCUUUCACUUUGUUCUGACUAUUGAUUCUCUCAGUACAUUUCCACAUAUAGAUGUCCAAAACAAACGAUAAAUUUGUUGGAUUUUUAUAAUGCUGUAAAAAUACAGUGUGGAGUUGGGAAGAGACGAGAAAUUAAAUUCAAUAUAUAUACUGUUUAUAAAAAUACCAAAAUUUAUUUAAAAGAGUUGUUUUUUGUUAUCAAUAAAAACUGUAAGUUGGCAUGGUAUACCUGACGAGUGCUUGGGGUAUGGGAGAGACUGAUCCUCAGUGUUUGAACACCAACUCAUCCCCAAUUUCAUCCUCAACAUCUUCAACAUCAGCUAGUGCUUUUCUUCAAGAAAAUGACGAAGAAGUUGCUCUUCACCCACUCAAUAAUCAGGUUGGAGGACAUACUCGUCUGUUACUUCUCAACCAGAGCACCAUAUGUAAACCACUGAAUAAAAGAGAACUGGAUUUCUAUCGUAACAUUCCUCAAGAUAUACAAAUGUUUGUUCCUAAAUUUAAAGGUGUUAUUCAAGCUUCAAGUAGUUGUGGAGAAGUAGAAAAGCGAUACAGUCCAAGUUUCAGGGAUCCAGAUAACCAUAAUCAAUCUCAAGUUGGCAAAGGAUCGACUAAGCGGAAACGUGACGAUGUUCUUAGAAUGAAAAUUCACCGUAAAAAUAGUACGGUGGACGUAUUGAAACCUGGAUCACAUUUGGAUAGCGGCUCUAAUAAACAAUAUUUUUUAUUAUUGGAAAAUAUUACGUCAUGUUACACCCACCCGUGUAUAUUGGAUCUUAAAAUGGGUACAAGACAACACGGGGACGACGCUUCUGCAGAGAAACGUAAUAAACAAAUAGCCAAAUGUGCGGCAAGCACAUCUGCGUCUUUAGGUGUGCGGUUGUGUGGCAUGCAGGUUUAUCAAGCAGACACUGAUCAUUAUGUGAAGAGAGAUAAAUACUGGGGUCGAGAGCUCAACGAGGAAGGUUUCAAAGCUGCACUCUACCGCUUCUUCCACAAUGGUUACUGCUUGAGAACUCACGUGAUCCAACGGGUAAUCGCCCGAUUAGAAAGUCUUCGUCGGGCCAUCGAGAGACAAAGCAGCUAUCGUUUUUAUUCUUGUUCCCUGCUAGUUGUUUACGAAGGAUACGUGAUUGAAGACUAUUCUAAUCGCUCAAGAAGUCCUUUAACAACAUUAGGAGUUGAAGAAGAGUCCAAUGAAUCACUUAGUUUCACUGAAAAUCUUACACAUGAUUCUGAUGGAUAUUUAGAUGGAAGUCAAAGUAAUGCAUCGACGGAUUAUCAUCUUAGUCAUGAUGAAGUCAACCAAUUGACCCUUCAUCGAGCAUUUGGUGAAGCUGCUGCACGGGGAGCUAAAAAUGCUACAGGAUUUUAUCCAAUCAAUGAGGAAACUGUUUUCAUGGAUCCACCUUCUGAUUUAAUUAAUGCCACUGUCGUGCCAAGUCAGGACUACGAUAAUUGGAUUGGUUCGUCAUUUGGAAAUGAAAGCAAUAAUAGCGGAAAUAUCAGUACUUCAAGUAGUAGCAGUAGUAGUAGUGAUAGUGGCAAUGAAUAUUGUUGUGUUGGUCAACAUACAAUCACUAACUCGGAUGACAUCAGUUCCGAUUUAGACCUAGGUGGAAAAUGUUCAUUGAAGAGAACACGAUCAAGACAUCGAUUAAGUAUUUAUGAAGGUCAAGAUCACCAAGAAGAAGAACUUAAAUGUGCUACCAAAAGGCUGAGAAUAAAAAGCGAUCAUACAGAUACGCCAGAAAAUUCUAUGGUUGAUGUUAGGAUGAUCGAUUUCGCUCAUACAACUGUAGGUACUUCUAAUCCUGUUUUAGCGUGUCCUUCGAAUACUACUGUUCAUCAAGGACCUGACUGUGGUUUUCUCACUGGUCUUGAUAGCCUAAAACGAUUAUUAAUGGAAAUUUCGUCUGAAGGUUAAUAGAAACAUCAAGAGAACUUUUUUAUAAAGUAUAGGAUCAUCAAGAAGAUGCUAUGAUUCAUCUUUAAAUACGAAUUUUGCUCAUGUCAUCGAUUGCGGUAUUAAUUAAUUAUGGAUUCUAAUAUCGAUAGUCUGAGGUGAUAACUAAGGCAGUGAGAACUGAAAUUUAAAUUUAAAUGAAAAUAAUAACAAGUUUAUUUAUUUUCAUUACAAAUAAAAGGAGGAAAUAUUGUAUAUUUUCUCUGUGAAAGAUAAGUCAAAAUAAUGAAGAUAAAAAUUUGUUCAUUAGAAAUGUUGCCACGUAUGUUGAGUCAUCUAAUUGCUGGCAGUAUGCCAUGCACCGAUGAGGCUGAAGAAGGGUAUUAAAAGAUUAUUAGAUGAAUCAUUUAAACUACCAAUCUUGCGACUGCGUUAUUGGUCUGGAACGAAGUGGAUUAUUCCAGAAUUGUCUCUUAGCUUUGUGGAACAUAAGAAUCAUUCCACAUAAGAUCAAAGAGUUCCUUUAGAAUAAUAUUUCUUUCGUUAUUUUUUAUUUUGCGAUAACUAAUUCGACACAAAUAUUGCUAGAAAAAAACUUAAUCAUACUAACGUGAUUCCUUUAUUUAUUAUCGUACUAAUUGAAAUACAUUUUAUUGUUGACAGAUGUAUAGAAUAAUUUUGGCUCGAAUUAUCUUGUAUAUAUUGUAAAAAUUAAUAUAAAUUAAUUAGGACAAACCAAUUAUGGAAGCAAGAGAGAUGUACAUGAAAAGUACGUUUUUCUUUAAAAAACAAAGUAAUAAUAAAAGGAAAUCUACCGUGAUAUUUUUCAUGAAACCGUGUGUUGGGUCAUGAUUUAGAGUUCAUAAAAAUAUAAAUAAUUAUAUAAUUUUUAUUGUAGCUUAUAUUCAAAUUAAAACGAAAAAACCGUUCUACUCAACAAUUAUAAUAUUUAUUAUGCGCGGGCAAAGUGAUAUAAUACAAUUUAAAGAUAAUAAUGAGCUAAAGUGCUCAAAAUAUUAAAAAUAGGUCUCAUUAUGUUAGGAAGCAUUGAUGCAAAAUAAUAUUUGGGUGUUCAUGGUUCAAAAUAAUUUUAAAGAGAAAUAGAUAUUAGAUUGUAGAAUCAUAGCCAGUUCCGGUACAAAUGAAAUAAAUAUAUAUGUGCAUAAAUAUCUGUAUGUUCCUCAAUAAUACAAAUUAUAAUAUUAAUUAAAAAAUCAGCAUAUUUUUCAUUCAUAAGCAUCUGAAAUAAUCGCAUUCACGUGUCCAUAUCGUUUAAAAAUACAUUUUUGGUAUCUAAGGAAUAUGUGUAAAUUAAAAAAAGAAGUUAUAUUGAUAUAAAAAUUAAGAUACUAAAAAAAACCGAGAUAACUGUGCUUUUGAACAAUAAAUGUACAAAAUGCCUUUGAUUCCAACACAGUUAUACGAUUCACAUUUCUUUGUCCGCAUCAUAAAAAAAUUAUCGUGAUAGCUUCUAGUGCUUUAAUUUAUUUAAUUCAUUUAAAUAAAACGUGAUUAAAUAUGAUUGUACUAAAAAAUUUGUGACUAUUGAUUAAUAGUUGUUUUUUUUUAUUUAGAAAAAUUUAUAAAAUUUUUCGCCAAGAUUUUAGUCUUCUGUAUGCAUUUACAAAAUUAUUCCGUGGGAUGAAUAAUUUUGUGUAUUAUUAAUAAAUUUAAUAUGGU